AAGUGACUUUGACCGGGACACAGUUUGUUGAGCGUGGGGGGCAGAUUCAACUUCAGUGUAACGCCACUGGUGGUGAGCAGAUAGCUGAGCAAAUCGAUUGGUUUAAGGUGAGGAACUUGAAGUUGAUGUAUCAGCACUCCUUCAUUGAUAACUUCCCUAGUGUUCAUUUUUUUUUUCAUUGAUAACCUCAUUCAUUUUUUUAUGAACAACUUCCCUUGAGCAAAUUUUUUUUUUUCAUCAAAAGCUUGUCUACUAUCGACUUUUAACAAAACAAUAAUGUCAUUAUCAUGUCUCUGGUUCAUAAUAUUCAUGGUAAUAACUAUUCUUGUUUAACUAGUUGGAUCAUGCAGAUAUGUUAAAUAGUCUUAUUUUGGUGUAUAAAAUGUCGAUUAUAUAAACAAAAAGAUAUAGGAAUGGUGUGGAUAUUUGUAUGUGAAAUUAAAAAGGGGGGAAGGCUGCGCAGGGUGGGACACUUAGAAAGAAUGACAGAGGAAUAAAGAGGGUGCACCACCGAAACCCAGAGGAACACUGCUCAAAGGCAGACCUAGGCUUAGACAUAUGGAUGAUUGGGAAAAGGUCUACCGCAGCGAAGGAAUCCAAACAAGGAAAAGAAAAGCAUUAGUUAGGUCUGAGAGGAAUGAAGUGGUGAGGCAGGCCAAAGCCCUACAUGGGCUGUAGCGCCACAGGGAUGGAUGGAUGGAUGGAUGGAUGGUCCUAGUGGAAAGAAUUGGUGAGGCAGGCGAAAAACCUACAUGGGUUGUAGCGCCACAGGGAUGGAGAGAUGGAUGGUCCUAGUGGAAGGAAGUGGUGAGGCAGGCCAAAGCCCUACAUGGGCUGUAGCGCCACAGGGAUGGACGGGUGGAUGGUCCUAGUGGAAGGAAGUGGUGAGGCUGGCCAAAAACCUACAUGGGCUGUAGCGCCACAGGGAUGGAGAGAUGGAUGGUCCUAGUGGAAGGAAUCGGUGAGGCAGGCCAAAGCCCUACAGGGGCUGUAGCGCCACGGGGAUGGACGGGUGGAGAGGACCUUUACGAAAACUUGGUAUUUUUAAUGCAUUAAUGAAAUUCAUUUCAAACUUUCUAUCGUUAAUCCAUUAUUUUAUGCACAGGACGGAAAUAUAGUUCAAGGCAAGAAAUUCCAG